UCCCUUAAAUCUCAGUCCAGGGAAAUCUCCUCGGAGCCCUCCUCCAGCCACGGUCAGCAUGUCUGGGGGCAAAUACGUAGACUCGGAGGGACAUCUCUACACGGUUCCCGUCCGGGAACAGGGCAACAUCUACAAGCCCAACAACAAGACCAUGGCAGAAGAGAUGAACGAGAAGCAGAUGUACGAUGUGCACACCAAGGAGAUCGACCUGGUCAACCGCGACCCCAAGCAUCUCAAUGACGACGUGGUCAAGAUUGAUUUUGAAGAUGUGAUUGCAGAACCAGAAGGAACACACAGUUUUGAUGGCAUCUGGAAGGCCAGUUUCACCACCUUCACUGUGACCAAAUACUGGUUUUACCGCUUGCUAUCUACCAUCUUUGGCAUCCCAAUGGCGCUCAUCUGGGGCCUUUACUUUGCCAUUCUCUCUUUUCUGCAUAUCUGGGCAGUUGUGCCAUGUAUUAAGAGUUUCCUGAUUGAGAUUCAGUGCAUCAGCCGUGUCUAUUCCAUCUACAUCCACACCUUCUGUGAUCCACUCUUUGAGGCUAUUGGCAAAAUAUUCAGCAAUAUCCGCAUCAACUUGCAGAAAGAGAUAUAAAGGACAUUUUAAGCUUAGAAGUAUACCUGAUUCUUUAUCUUUUUAAUUCUCUUGGUGCCAAUUUCAAGUUUUAGUUGCUAGGAUAGCAACGAAUUUUGUUGGUUGAGAACAAAGAAAUCACUCUGUUUUCAUAAUAGUAUUUGUCUUUCCUGAGCUAGUUCAUCAGAUUGAUUUUUUUUUGGUGGUCUGACUUUUUUUAAUUCAUUAAAAAUGUUUUCCUUGUAUUUUUAUUUGCAUGUGGAUCAUUUUUUGCUGAGAUGUGAAGAUAUUAUUAAAAUAUAAUGAAAAGAAAUAUUAAGAACUGAGGAGGGGGGAUAAUAAGAGCCAACAACUUCAACUACCUACUUUAAAAUGUUGAUCAUUUUAUAGUAAGGGAAGAAUCCCAGGCUGUAGCCAUUGUGUAUACAGGUACAUGGGCAAGCUUUAAGCAUACUUUCUCCCUACUAUCUGAAGAAUUAAAUUGAAUCACUGCCAUUCACUUUUUUAACCCAAUAGAUCUAGUACUUCUUAUCGAGUUAGAGAGUAGUUAUUUGCAUUCACGUGAUCUGAUUAAUGCCUUACCCUUCUUGAGAUUUUUAACUUGUGAUACUUUCUGUGCCUGAAUAUUUGUUAUAGAGAUCAUGAGACCUAAGUGCCUUCCUGUGACUCAAGUUUUCUUUUUAAAGAGGGUCCAAUAUAUUAGGUCAGCUUCCUCCUCCCCAAAGUCCAGAAGUAAAGAUCUAUAUAUCACCUAGUUCUUCCACUCUGUUCUGACUCUGAGACCCAGAGUCAAAUGAAGUUCAUAUCUGCACUUGACCACACAGCAUUUUCAUUCAUAUUGAGGAUGGUCAACAGCAGCCCCGUGAAACGAAUUAAGGUGGAUGAAUGAGAUUGGCUGGCAGUAGUGCAAGUCAGCGGACUGCCUCUCUUCUGCUGGGUGGCGUCAGCAGGUCUAUUUAGCUUCAUUUAUUUUCAAUAGUUAUUAAGCUUUCCUGACUCCAAACUAAUCCAUCACUAGGGUAGUUUGGUGGCUGAAUGCUGUGUUCCCUUUUCAGCUGAUCUGUGGGCCUCCAGGGAAAGGCUGAUAAAAUGAAGGCCAUUGUGUGAACCUGUCAGAAACGUGGCAAACGUGACCCUUUCAAAGGCGAACACUUUUAGCCUUCUGUUCUGCUGUGACAACUCGCCCCCUCCUGCUGCCAGGAGCUUUGGACCUAACGCAAGCAGCACUUUUGUUAGAAGGGUGGAGAGGAUGCAAUCAUAAAAGAUUGAGGUGAUUUUGCUGGAAUCAGUUGAAAUCAAACUCAAACUGAGGAAUUUUACCUGUAAACCUGAGUCAUAGAGAAAGCUGCCUGGUACAUCCAAAAGCUUUUUAUUCUUCCUGCUCAUAUUAAGAGUCUGCCAUUAAGCGUUUUAUUUUUUUAACCUUUUUAUGCUUAUCUAUUUUCAUAUACUUAUUGAAAUUCUUAAUUUUUAGCCUCUCUUCCACUUUUACUAAAACUUUGAGUAUCAACUUACCUACUUAAAGCAGACACUGGCGUGGACAUAGUUUUACUCAAACUGUGUGCAUAUCUGAACAUGUACUAUACUGCAUAUUUUUAAAUGUAAAGAUAUUUUUAUCUUUAUAGGAAGAAAAUCAAUUGGAAAAUUGCUUAGUGAUUUAGUCUGUAAACUUUGUAUCUCAAGACAUGUCUGUUCUCAUAGAUGCUUAGUCCCUCCCCUCAUGCAAAUAAGUUGUCCAAAAGAUUACUGAAAUUUUAUAUGCUUACUGAUAUAUUUUACACAUUUUUAUCCUGCAUGUUCUAUAACAGUUAAAACUCUACACAAUAAAAAUGUUUAACAGUU